AACAAAAAUAUGCGGUGGAUGGUUCAGUAGUUUUAAUUUCUGGAUAUUUUUUUACAAAAACAUACAAACUUAUUAACCACCAUGAAGGAGCGUAUGAUAUCAAAUAAUGAGAAAGGUUUUGUGCAAAAAGCCUUGCUGGAAUCGACGCGAGUUGACGGUCGAUCUCUAGACGAAUUUCGUAAACUACGCAUCAACUUCGGAGCCGAGUGGGGCAGCGUCCAUGUAUCUUUGGGAGAAACACGAGUGCUAGCCCAGGUCAGCUGCGAGGUAGUAGCUCCUAGAGCUACCCGUCCAAAUGAAGGAACACUGUUCAUCAACGUGGAACUAGGUUCUAUGGCUGCUCCUCACUUCGAAUCAGGGCGCCAAUCGGAUGCUGGUGUGCAACUGAAUAGGAUUUUAGAACGGGCCAUCAAGGAUUCUGGUUGUGUGGAUCUAGAAUCUCUUUGUUUGGUUGCUGAUGAAAAGGUUUGGAAUCUGCGCGUGGACAUAAACGUUCUCAAUCAUGAAGGUAAUGUCAUCGAUUGUGCUUCAAUGGCUGCACUGACCGCGCUGGCUCAUUUCAAGCGUCCUGAUGUUAGUCUUAAUGGAGAGGAGGUUAUUAUCCAUACGAUGUAUGAAAGGGAUCCGAUUCCUAUCGGUAUCAAUCAUUUUCCUAUUUGUGUCAGCUAUGGAAUUUUCAACAAGGGUAAGUUGGCUGUCGCCGAUCCAACUUACCUGGAGGAACGAGUAGCCGAAGCGAAAAUUGUUUUUGGGAUGAAUUCCUACGGUGAAUUAUGUGGCAUACAUUUGGGAGGAAUUACCCUAACAAGCUCAGAUCUAUUACUGCGAACUGCCACUAAAGCAGCUAAACGGGCAAAAACUAUUGUUCAGAAAAUCAAAGAUGUCAUUCAAGAAGAUGCAGAGAAACGCAAGAAAAAUAUUCCGAUAGGAUUUAGCGAGUGCAUCCGGCUUAACGAAAUCACAGCGCUAGCUCAAGAUAGAUUGCAAAUUCGUUUGAAACGGUUCAAGUUGGACAACAACGACCAGGACGAAGAGGCCGAAGAAGAAGAAGAAGAUGUAAAUCAGGAUGACGAAUUAGAAGAGCUGGAACAACAAGAUAUUGGAGAUACAGACGACAUCCAAGCAGAAGAAGAACCAAUGGACACGGAAGAAACUGUAGUUCCAAUAGCUGAAAAUUCGGCUAUCUUGCUACCAAAAGCUACCAAUGAGAAGGAUCAAUGGAUUCCUGAGGAUCCAAUGGAACUUGAAGCACCGCAGGAUAAGAAAUCUGCCAAAAAGAAGAAAAAUAAGAAGAAGAAGAAGUCAAAGGAAGCGAUGGCUAGGAUGAAUGACGUUGAAGUAUCAAGCAGCAGCGAGGAAGAGACUGUGAUGAUCACUUCCGAAGACAUCAACCGAUAAACUAACAAGAGGACGGGCAAUAAAAUGUAAGUUAUUCUA